AUUAACAUGGCGCUUUACCCUUGAUCGGAUAUAAAUGGUAUAGUGAGAUGUGAAGAGUUCUUAAAGUUGAUAUGUGCUGUUUUGACGUGUAAUUGUACUACCGGAAGAUGAAAACUUAAGUAACACAGACUUUGAGGUAUAGGAUAAUGUCGAGAAAAUAAUUAAAACAUUUUUAUAGAAAGUAAAAGGAAUCGAACAUUGUCUUGACGGUCGACUGCUAUCCGUCCGUAUUGUUAAUUAUGCGUUGCAGUGUAUGAACAUAGAAAGCUUCGAACGAUUUGCAUGUGAAACUAAAAAGAGAUUGAGUUACAUUGUAAAAGUUUUUCGGAUAAACGUCAAAAUCUUCCAACAAUAUGUCUCUGUACGACGAUUUUGACAAACACCGAACUAAUGAGAAGGUCGCAGGGUGGUCAUCCGGUAUCAAACUGCUGCAAUCUCAGUUACAGCUAAAAAAAGCUGCCACAACACAACCAAAACGUGAACAGUAUAGGAAAGCUACUGCUGUACUAGCACCAGUGAUAGACUUGAAAUCGAAAGCCAACCGUGAUUUGGAUAGAGAGGAUGAUGCUACCCAUAAUAAUCCAUUGUCUACUAGCAAUGUAAGUGGGAUAGGAGUUGGCGGUGAAUUUGAUUGGAAUGUAGUGAAUGAAUAUGACCCUAUAUGGCCCAAUGAAUAUGAGAAAGUUGUGAAGGAACUGCGUGAUAUGAGAGACAGAGAACAUGAUCAAGAGACAGAAAUGCGCAAACGUAGGAGAGAUAACACACGUUUUGAGGAUAAUCAGGCUUCUAGCAGUAACAGUACAAUGAUACCUCCCGAGAGAGACGAGGAGAGGACACCAUCUUCUCGAGGUAUAAUUGGAGGUGCUGCGAUAGCUCCACCACCUUCUCUGCAGGAAUCCUCGGAAUUGCCACCCCCAGCACCGCGAUCGCAGCAAUCUAGUCUAGGCUAUGCCACGUCGUCUGUAGCUGCAAAAAUAAUGGCCAAAUACGGCUUCAAGGAGGGACAGGGACUCGGCAAAAAGGAACAAGGCAUGUCAGUAGCCUUACAAGUAGAGAAAACGAGUAAACGUGGUGGUAGAAUAGUCGGGGAAAGGGAGCAACUCAUGCCGCCACCGCCACCUCUUACGGCUUCACCGCCUCUGAUGCAACUACCUCCGCAACCACAACCUGCAGAAGAGCCUAGUAUCACCGAGAUAAUGAAGUGUCCUAGUAAGGUCGUACUUUUACGAAAUAUGGUUGGUCCUGGAGAGGUGGAUGAUGAUCUCGAACCGGAAGUGAAGGACGAGUGCAACACGAAAUACGGUGAUGUCGCACGCGUUAUUAUUCACGAAGUGAUGGAAGCUGCACCGGAGGAGGCAGUUCGAAUUUUCGUGGAGUUCAAAAGAAUAGAGAGCGCUAUUAAGGCUGUGGUAGAUUUAAACGGACGCUUCUUUGGCGGUAGACAAGUUAAAGCGGGAUUUUAUUCUAGUGAAAAACUCGAUAUGCUACAAUUGAUGGACUAGAAGAUGGGUUGUGUGGAAAACAAUUUUCAUACAUUGGUUCAGUAUCUUCUCCCUUCACAAAUUGUAUAUUUUUAAAUAAGGUGUGAAAAAAAGUGUAAAAUACCUUAGAUAUUAUUUGAAUAUCCAAGAGAUCAUUUCUUCUGUUGAUUAUAUUUUUACAUUUAUAUACACGCAAUGUUACAUCGUACGCAUUCAACGAGUAUUUCUAGAUAAAGAUAAAAAAUAAAUUUUUCAAUUAUAA